CGGAGUCCAUCCGCAGAGCUGCUGCGCGAGACACAGGGAACUGCUUUCGAUUGUUGGCGGGCGCCGCCAUCUUGGUCAGUGAGCUUGCGAGUGGCUGUACGUCUCGAGGAGCGGUGCUUCGUGCGUAUUUCGGACGGUCGUGCCGACGAGCAUUUCGUGCGCGCGUUUUCUCCCCGUGAGCGUUUCUCGAUUACGCACCCGUGAAAUCUGCGAUCAUCCGAGAUGUCGGAACGGGAGGACAACGUUUACAAGGCGAAACUGGCCGAGCAAGCGGAACGCUAUGACGAGAUGGUAGAGGCGAUGAAGAAGGUGGCUUCGUUGGACGUAGAGCUCACCGUCGAAGAAAGGAAUCUUCUCUCGGUGGCAUACAAAAAUGUUAUCGGCGCCAGGAGAGCAUCCUGGAGAAUAAUCUCAAGCAUCGAACAGAAGGAAGAGAAUAAGGGCGCCGAAGGAAAACUAGAAAUGAUUCGUCAGUAUCGAUCUCAAGUGGAAAAGGAGCUCAGGGAUAUUUGCGCCGACAUCCUCGGCGUCUUGGACAAGCAUCUGAUACCGUGCGCCUCCACAGGGGAAUCCAAAGUCUUCUAUUAUAAAAUGAAGGGCGAUUAUCACCGUUACUUGGCAGAGUUCGCCAUCGGUAACGACAGGAAGGAAGCGGCGGAGAAUUCCCUGGUGGCUUACAAAGCUGCGAGCGACAUCGCCAUGACGGAGCUCCCACCGACCCAUCCCAUCCGCCUGGGAUUAGCGCUCAACUUCUCCGUGUUCUACUACGAAAUUCUCAAUAGUCCUGACAGAGCAUGCCGUUUAGCGAAGGCGGCCUUCGACGACGCGAUCGCCGAGCUGGACACGCUGUCCGAAGAGAGCUACAAAGAUUCCACCCUCAUAAUGCAACUCCUCAGGGAUAACCUUACUCUGUGGACGUCGGAUAUGCAGGGAGACGGUGAAGCCGAACAAAAGGAGCAGCUGCAAGACGUGGAAGAUCAGGACGUAUCGUAACUUUAGCUGUAGUGAGUGUUAUCUUGCGCAUAUAAAACUGAGAUACAAGAAAAAAACUCUUAAUAACUCGUAAGCAAAAGAAAAAAAAACCAAUUCAGCAGGUGGCAGUUCGGGGUGGGAAGGGGAGAUCUUUAGAAAUUUGCGUGGCUCUUAAAAGCGCGCACUUGUACGGUUACUCUAAAAAAAAAAAAUACAAAGCAGCAGCAGCAGCAAGUAUCAGCAGCGAUAACAAACAUAAUAAUAAAUAAGCCAUUCGGUUGCGUUUUAAUCUACAUUAUAACGUACACACUAUACUACAAUUGAGUUACAGAGCACGCGGAAAGUAACGGAAAGAAAAGGACACGCACCCUGCGGUAAAUAGAGAGACUGCAAAAGCAUUUAGGAGAGACACUUUUUAAUUGCCCCGUUUUUGCGUAUCGAGAGGAAACGCUGUAUUUGCACUUUGCAUACGUCUGAAAUUUUCACGUGCGGUUGACGGUCUCGCGAGCGCCCCCCCCCCUCCUCCCUCUGAUUCCAGUGCACCACAUUUUGGAUUACACGUCUAUGUAAAUUCGCCACCGAUCCUUCCGAGCGAGUGAGAACGAAUUAUGUGUCCCAUGCAUGUCUCCGCAGUAACAGAAGAUAAAAAAAAAAGUACAGCGCACAGAUCGCUCGAACUCGUCAGUCUCGAGACACGCUUAUACAUUCGUCUGUCUUUACAUCCCUCGUCAAUCCGCUCGUCAGUUUCUUGCACUUCGCCCCCCUCCCCGCCCCGCCCAUUUUUUUCAAAUCUCGCUUUUUUACUGCGCGCACAGUCUCGUAUUUGCGAAGUAAUUGCUACGGUGUUAGCGUAUGCGUGUAAAUUUAGUGUAAAUCGAUUCGUUUCAAGACGUUUGCCCUUGUCUCUCACUAUUUUUUUUCUUUUAUCUAUCUCUCUCUCUCUCUCUCUUUACGGAAAUAACGGCGGCGCCUUCAUUGCCAAUUGUCAAGGCAGAUAUCUUGCUUUCGAGCUAGUAUUCUGUAACAACAUAUGUACUUUCGGCGACAACUAAUAUAUGAAUGAAAUGUAAAUAAUUAAUAAGUACCUAAAGAAAAAAAAAAGAAAAAGAAAAAAAAAAGAAGAAGAAAGAAAAACUAAGACGCGUGAAUUUUUGGCAACCGCCGAACCGAAGACGAAGGAACAUGCUUAUUUCGAUUGCCGCCGCUGCCGCCCUUCCCCCCCCUUCUCUCCCCCCUCUGUACCUUUUCAAAUGCAAUAACAUCGUUCGCCAGAUAGUGAGCUCUCGCAGAAGGAGAUCAUGUCGCGAAGGAGAUUAGCAAUGAGUGAGAAACCGAAGUGCAUCAUCGAAAUUCCGGCGCGAUCUCUCGAUUACGUUGAUCCCUGGCGCAUCUUUCCAAAGCGAGCGCGUCUUCAUCGCGUCAGCUCGCGACGCGCGGCGUCGCGUAAUUGACAGACGGGAAAAAAAGGAAAAAAAAAAACGAAAGAAAGAAGGGGAAAAAAAGAUGAAAAGAUUACGUUAUCGUAGGUGAGCCUCUUUAGCAUUACGUUACUCACAGCAAACAAGUAACUAUCUAGCUAGUCUGUAAUGUGGUUGUACGUUUUCAUACGCCCGUUGUGUAAACUAAUAUCGAUUGCUGUGGUAUAAGAAGUGACAGAAUAAAUGACUGUACCCCGACUUUUUCCACCCGCACACACGUACAUACACUCUAUACAGACAUACAGAAACACACACACACACACGCGCGUACAGAUAGACAGACCAUACAUCUCUCUGUAUCUUCGUCUUUUCCAUCCGGAUAGACGAUAGUCGAUCCGUGUUUGUAAUUAUCCAUUCGCUGAUCCAUGGACGAGCCAUUCCAUCGACUUUUACGAUUUUUACGUUGAGACACACAUUCCAUUGUUCUUCUUGUAAUAAGGAGUCUCUAUCGGGAUUGUAGAUUUACAGUGCAAAACACAAAACAAAAAAAAAUGAUAUCCUUUCUUCAGACCGGCGAGGCAAGGCUUUAGCUAGAAUUAUCGACCAUUUUACGUAUUAAACUUAUCUACUUACUAUAGAGCUAGAACUACCAAAAUCCAUUUAAGCUCGCUCAGUUUUCUCGCUGAUAUCGCGACGGAGAGGAGACGAUGAUACCGGAGACGCCGAAUUUUAAGCGCAGCAAAGAAGCGAGGCGUUUUAACAACACGAAGGGAGUGAUAAAUCCGGCGGGAAAAAGCGCGGAUCGCAAACUCGGCGCGGAAGAAAAGCAGAAAAAAAAUUGGUGUCCAUCGUGCCCCUGUAUUUAGGUAUUGUAACAAUAAAAAAAAAAAUCGAUAAUCAUGUUACAAAUGAUACGUUAUGAGGAAUAAACUCAAAGUAAUAUCAACCGGCUCUCGCGUAAAAUAAGUAAGCAUAUUUGCGAAUGUAAUUGUAAGAGCGUAAUAAGUAGGAUAAAAAAAAAA